AUGACACUUAUUCCAUGCAUCGGUCAACACGAAUGUCCAGCCAUUGAGAGCAUUUCAACCCUUGUACAAAAAAUUACGGCACAACAGCAACGAUGGCAGUACAUAUGUAAUAGCUGUUACGAAUCUCAAGGUGGACAUUUAUAUCAACAUAAACAGCCAGGAUCAGGAAAUAAAAAAG